UGAGCUGCGGCUGGACCGAGCUGGAGGCUCGGCACCCAGAAGAACCAUGAAUGCUCAGUACUGCAUCUCCUUUGCUGAUGUCGAAAAAGCUCUUAUCAACAUUCAAGAUUUUGUUCACCUCACACCAGUAUUAACAAACUCCACUUUGAAUCAAGCAACAGGGCGCAAUCUUUUUUUCAAAUGUGAACUCUUCCAGAAAACAGGAUCUUUUAAGAUUCGUGGUGCCCUGAAUGCAAUCAGAAGCUUGAUUUCUGCCACAUCAAAGGAGAAGCCCAAAGCGGUUGUUACUCACAGUAGUGGAAACCAUGGACAGGCUCUUGCCUAUGCUGCCAAGUUGGAAGGGAUCCCUGCCUAUAUUGUGGUACCCCAAACGGCUCCCAACUGUAAAAAAUUGGCAAUUCAAGCCUAUGGAGCCUCUAUUGCUUACAGUGAACAAAGUGAUGAGUCCAGGGAAAAUGUUACCAAAAGAAUUAUGGAAGACACAGAAGGUAUCAUGAUACAUCCUAAUCAGGAGCCUGCAGUGAUAGCUGGGCAAGGGACAAUUGCUUUGGAAGUGCUGAACCAGGUUCCCUUGGUAGAUGCAAUGGUAGUACCAGUAGGAGGAGGUGGAAUGGUUGCUGGAGUAGCAAUUACAAUUAAGGCACUAAGACCUAGUGUGAAGGUGUACGCCGCUGAACCCUUGAAUGCAGAUGACUGCUACCAGUCCAAACUGAAAGGGGAAUUGACUCCUAACACUUACCCUCCGGAAACUAUAGCAGAUGGUGUCAAAUCCAGCAUUGGAUUAAACACCUGGCCUAUUAUAAGGGACCUUGUGGAUGAUGUCUUCACUGUCACAGAGGAUGAAAUUAAGCAUGCAGCCCAGCUGGUGUGGGAGAGGAUGAAAUUGCUUAUUGAACCUACAGCUGCUGUUGGCAUAGCUGCUGUGCUGUCUCAGCAUUUUCAAACAGUUUCUCCAGAAGUGAAGAACAUCUGUAUUGUGCUCAGUGGAGGAAAUGUAGACUUAACUUCCCUAACUUGGGUGAAGGAGGCUGAGGCUGAAAGGCCAGUUCCUUAUUAAUCUGUUUAAUUUAGUAAUGUAAAAUAGAGAUGGGAUUUAAUGUUAAGAUACUUGGAAAUUGUUACCUACUUAUUAUCAACUUCCUAACUUUUC